AUGAAGCUAUUAACCCUGAUCCAGAGGGGCCGUCUGGUUAACCCAUUCCAUGCCGGGGCUGUGCUUGGCAGGGUCAGGUUAUUAUUAUUAUUAUAAUUCUAUAAUCUCCAUGUGUGGGGUUAUACUGACUGCUCCUCUCCUCUAAUAAUACUGUAUAUAUGGGGGAUUUAUUAAUGAGCCAGUCUGAUAUCAGUCAGUGUGAGCAGGACUGCCGAGUACUGUAAUAUAAUCACUCACUCACUGUGUCUGUGUUACAAUACUCCAGCACCUGGACACAUCACUAUAACCAUGGGCAGCUUACUAUUCCAUUUGAUGUAAUGUAGAACAUUAAUACAUUUAAUUUCAAUUAGACUGAUUGUUACAUCUAAUACCAACAUGGCUUUUUAUCUUUUGGAGAUAAAAUCUUGACUUCCAAAGUGACCUUUGUAAAUGAAUACAUGUUUCCUGUAAUAUAAAUGUCAGUGGCAGGUGACCUUACCUAUGCAUUAAAAACAAAACCAUAUAUAUGUGAUCAUAGAGAAUUUCAUCAGGGUACGAUACCAGCUAUAGUAAUGAAUACAUGGCGAUCUUUCCUCUAGGAGACAUGUUUGAUUUUAGCUUUCUAGUGAAGAUCUAAAAAUUGGUGUCUAUUGCGAAGAGUCCCACAGUCAGCAUUCUUAGUACUUUUCACAGAACCUUUUGUAGAGAAUUGUUUACUAACCCGGAAAUUGUAAAGAAUUGUAAACUCUGAAGCCAAAAUAGUCCAUCUGGAAAAAUAACUUUUUUUUUUUUUCAAGUUCAGCUACUUUGACCUAAAAUCUAGCAAUUUUCAGCUUGGUUCUUCACUUCCUGGGUUAGUGUGAAAUAAGUAUAAUUUUACUUGAUUGUUGAGUUCCAUCCACUUCAGUGGGGUCUCAGCGUUGCAGUAGAAUAACUUGGGCACCUUGACAGAAACGAGAAUGCAGUGAGACCUACCCUAGUUAAGCUGCUCAGGAACAUGUCCUGGGAAAUGUAUAGGAUACGAUCAUUCCAAUUGGGUCAGUUAGAAUCCUCUGGGUUUUCAUAUUCAGGCGAGGGUUUGAGCAAAGGAUAUUCUCUAUUUUGUGGCUUAAAAAUAUGACUUUGUCGAGGAGCAUAAGGAAAGACAUUAGCAUAAUUGUCAGUGUAAAAACGUUCUCCCACCCCCUUUUCAAAAUAAAUCAAAUGCAAAUUUGAAUAGACCCUGGCUGUAAGAGAGCAGGUAAUGUUACUUCCUGGUUGGUUUAGCUCAGUGGAGAUAAGCCCAAGAGGCAGCAACUACCCAGAGCACCUGCCUUGCAAAGACUUAUCAUUGAGCUGCAUUGGGAAGUCUGUGAUUGGACAGACACAAAGUCUGGGCGGAGUUAGAAGGGGAGGACUUGUAAAAGCUGCAGACAGAGAUUUACAGCUCUACAAGCUGGUUUUAGAUAUACCCACAAUGAAAACAUACAUAAUUAAAUGUGUGGAUGUUAUCAUUGGGGAUAUGUCUAAUAAAACUGUGAUUUUAAUUUUUUUAUGUUUGUGGCAGUGGAGUGUCCCUUUAACCAAUAUAUAAAGCAGUGCUUUAAAAUACACAAAAUCUAUACAAUGUUGAACUUCUCAUAACAUGUUAUGUUUUUUUUCAAUUCUAUUGACUACAAACUGAUGAACAUUUUGUUUAACUUUUUAUUUUUUCCCUGGAUAGAGCUGCUCAGACAGGAUCCCAGUGACCAGUCAUGGGAAUGUCAGUGAAGAGAAUCAAGGCAAAAUUAUACAGGUAGAAUACUGUACUGAACAAAAAAAAACAAAAACAAAUGUCAGUUUUAAAACAUACCUUCCAUGUCUGACAUAGUUUUUAAAGAGCAUAACAAGUCAUCUGUAUGGUGUUCUGGGUAAUUAUCUUAAAGGAACACUAUAGGGUCAGGAACACAAACAUGUAUUCUUUUAAUUUUUUAAUUUUUACACUGUGCGACAGUUCAUAGUGUACAGAUCAUAUCUUUCUUUACUGUAUUCAACACUUGUCCUCCAUCUGAAUUAUAAAUGACUGGUUCAUUUUAAAUGUAACCAUUACUGCAAAAACUACUUCUUUCAUAUAUAAAGAGUUACUUGCUUACAGUAGUUUUAUUUUGCUGCCUGUUAUGAGUUGUCUGCCUACUUUAGAUCCAUUUUGUUUUCAGCCCAAAGCUGUGUCUGGGUUUAUUAAUGAGCGACUCUUACUCUAUGAAAAGCUGAGGGCGCACUACGAGGAGAGGCUGACCCAAAGGGUGUUAAAGGAAAGUCGUCCCAUCAACAUCUUCUCCGCAGGCAGAGAACUUAGAGGGGAGUCUUGGAAAACCACCCCCCUUCAGGUGGCCUUACAGAUUCGGUAAGAGCGCCGCCAUCAAAAUGUCUCUUCACUCAACACAAGCACCCCACCACCCACUGUAACAACUGUUUUUGGUUUUUAGGCCAGAUGUGGCUCACCAUGCAGUAUGUGCUAAAGUGAAUGGUGAUCUCUACGAUAUGAACCGGCCGCUAGAAGGGGACGCAGCUGUUGAGUUUGUGAUGUUUGACUCCCGCGAAGGCCAGUCUGUGAGUUACUUUACAAGUUAACGUCUAUUCAGUAAAGGAGGGCUGUUGGGAAUUUAAUACGAGUUUAUGGAGAAUUUAUCUCCCCCAUCCCAAUAUCCAAACUGAAAACAGAGCUGACUUCAAGAAUAUUAUCACUGUGGCUAUUGAAACUUAUUAUGUUCUUUGUGUACUUUGAGUUCCCGACACAUCACAAACAUCAAUACAACUGUACAGAUUGGGUGUAUUGCAGGCGUGACCAUCAGCACAUUAGUAUAGAUGUGUCCUUAAUAAUUCCAAGUCUGUCUGUUGUAUAUAAGUGCUAUGUAAUCUUUCCAGAGCAAGCCAUUCUCGCUAUAUUGUGCUUACAGUGCAUAGAAUAAUAGUUCUUGUUUUGCUGUUUAUCACAGCAUUUAAUAUUUGGGUUCCAGGAAAGCCCUACUUUCACUAAUUGUAUAUCAUCACCUGUGUGAUAUGAAUUUCCCCCAGCUAACCUCUUAUCCACACGCUUUCUCCUGACCCAGUUCUUUUUACAACUAUCUCGGGCAUAAUAUCUCCAACACAAUCUGCACUUUUAAUUUGUCACAGAUCAACCCUUUACCUCCAAAAUCUAAAUCUAGCUGUAGAGAUUAUUGCAAUGUAUCCAACUUUCUCUUGUUUAUGUUUUGCCAUGUGCAUAACUGCUUUGUUUCAGCUUUGAAUUGAGCUCCAGAAUACUUUAACACCUGCAAAGCUUUCAAUACACUGUGUUCCGGAGACAAAGCCCUGUUGGUUAUCCAACAUAUAACUUGGUAAAAGGCAAUUCUUUUUCCUUGAGAUAAAUGUGACUUGGUUAAUUGGCUCACAUUUGGUUAAAACGCUGAAAAUAGUAACAGAUUCUGGUUAAUUCCCACCCAAUUUUCUCCUUAGGUAUUUUGGCAUUCCAGUGCCCAUAUCUUGGGGCUGGCAUUGGAGCAGUUCUAUGGGGGACUGUUGUGCAGUGGACCCAGUACAGAGGAUGGUUUUUUCUAUGAUGUUCAUCUCUCGGGCAGGUAAUAUGCAGCUACAAUGACUUCACCCGUUUUCAGAACUAUUAAGCCACACUAUUUGUAUAUUCUGUGUUCAGUACCAGUUAAAGUAAACAGAGUGAGAAAUUAACAUUGCAUUCUGCUCCCUAAAUUAGACAAAUGCCAUGGUGCCACAUAUAUAAUCUCAUGGCGUGGCUCAAGUUUUGUAACUCUAACCCACUACCCAGCUUGGAAGAUGCAUGUCAUAAGCGUGUAUAGUUUCUUUAAAAUAAUAAUUUUUUUUAAAUUUUUUUUCCAUCCAAUCAUUUUUUUUCUUUUAAAAAUCAUGCCAAGUAGACACAUGUUUAGGACAUUGACCAUGGAUUGUCUUAUGGAAGUAAAACGUGAUGAGUGGGGUAAGGUUUUCUGGUACAAUGAAGGCAGUUAUAGCUAAGUGUUUGUACGUAGUGGGACUGUAUAGGUCCCUUUCAGGCGUCUAUGCCGUGGUAAUGACUGGCUGUGUUUGGUAUGCAGACUAAGGCCAUGUACAGAAUGUACAGGAAUAAUAUUGGUCCCUGCCAAAAUAAAUAAUCAUAAAUGCACCAUUUAUUGAACUCUUGUCCUAAGGUAUGACAUUUGCUAUUAUUACCUAAUUAAGAGUUAUCAAAUGAUGAAAAGAAGAGGCAGCCAGCUGACCCUGCCAGGAAUUUACCCUGUGGCUCUGAGAUCCGACACAUAGAUCCCUAUUUACUGAGCUAUCACGGUGACAUGACCCCUACCACCAAACAAGACUUUACUUUAAAAGGUAUAAUGACAAGCAAAAUACAGAAAACAACAAGACGUUGCUAUCAGAGCUAACUAUGAUUUUUUUAAUGUAGUAAAUUAAUAACAUAUUCAUAAUAUGUAAACAUAUGCUGGUUAUCUCUGUUAGCAGUAUUAUUGUUUUCUGAUUUAUUUUAAUACUCUAGUGUUUAUUUUUCCUCAACCAACUAUGUAGGGCUAAUCCCCUGCUGAUUUUGAACGUUUGCCCACUGACAAAGAAAUGAUCAGGCUAUAAUUUUAAUGGUAGGUGUAUUUUUUUUUGUAGUGCACAUAUUAGAUACAGGCAGGCCUGAGUUGCCCCAUAAGCAAUCCUUCGGCAUUUCACUCACGUAACAUGAGGGGUGUAUGGUUAACUGGCACAAUUUUUAUUAUUUUAUCAAGCUUGCGUAUGUAAGUUAGUCAUGCAAACAGAGUUGAAUCAUGCCUGAACUAGGAUCAUAACUACAAAAGUGGUACUAGUAAUGCAGUUUUAAAACCGUUAACAACGACAUUUGGUUAGUGCAUGUGUACCUGAUGGGUGUUUAACAGUUGGCUUAUACGGAACAACCUGUUACAGUAAAGUCACUGGUAUUUAUACUGGUUGGGCUUAAUGCUGUAAAAGUGGAACUUGCUUGUAACGUGACAUAUUUGCUGCAAAAGCAUAGUGUGAAGACUGUCUGCUUGAGAAACUCUAGUAAGCGUGCUGUGAAUUUUAGGCAACAAGCUUUGAAGUUUCAAUAGAUUAUCGUCGUUUAUGAUGGACAUGCUAGACUGUGUUUGCAUACAGAUUAAUAUGUCACGCUUAGAUAGGUAGGCAACAUGCAUAGAUUAGCUACCGCUGGUGAGUGCUAGGUGUCACCCCCUCACUCCCCCCAUUACUCGUUCAGUCCAGGUUUGUAAACUAAAUUUGUGUGACAGAGAGACUUGCUUUCAAAGUGUCCUCACAUGUAUCUCGGUAGUCUCUGCUUUCUUUGGGCUCAGCAUGUUCCCACCGCAGGUCAGCUAGCCGUGUGUAGUGUGACUCUGUCGGGGUCGCUUGGUGGGCGUUGUGCGGCAGACCAUGGGUAGUGUGGGGCUCCCGGCAGAGUACCUCUGGCUCUCGGUGUGUCAGGGUAAUGGCAAGUUGCGGUUCAGGAUCCUGUGGUCUGUUCUGUGUGGCUUGUGUUUGCCUGUUAAGCCUCCCUUUCCGCUGCCUUUCGUGGUCUUGUCCCUCAUCCUUGUCCAUAUCUCAGCUUCAUGGGCUGUGUGGCUCGUUUGGGCGCGUGGGUGCAUGCGGGUGGAUGGCUGCAGUAGUGGUCUGUGCUGCCGUUGCCUUAAAUCCGUCCUGUUUGCUGCCACUGCGGGUAAGUAGGUUGUUUCUGGUUUCGGCGCCCGCACAUGUGGCCUCCGCCAUCUUGGCUGCGCUGCUUGGCUGUGCUGCGCUGUUUCCAUUGCGGGUCGGGGCACCCUUGGGUGCUUUGUGGUGGUUGGGGCUCGAGAGUGAGAAUCGGGAUCACUCCUCGGUCCAUACGGGGGGGAACGGAGCCGGUUCCUCGCGGGUCUGGCUCUUGGCAGAGAUACAAUGGGCGGGAUAGUGGAGCAGCUGCCGUCUGCCCCGCUCACCGCCGGAGUAGGCCUCGUUGUGCCAGUGAGGAUUUGCAGAUCCUUUCCAUGUCAUUAAGGUUUCGAGGCUGAUGUUUGGCAACUCGAACCUUCAGCUCCCUCCACAGAUUUUCUAAGGGAUUAAGGUCUGGAGACUGGCUAGGCCACUCCAGGACCUUAAUGUGCUUCUUCUUGAGCCACUCCUUUGUUGCCUUGGCUGUGUGGUUUGGGUCACUGUCAUGCUGGAAUACCCAUCCACGACCCAUUUUCAAUGCCCUGGUACAUGGCCCCGUCCCUCGUACCUUUUGAUGCGGUGCAGUUGUCCUGUCCCCUUAGCAGAUAGAAAUUCCAAAAGCAUAAUGUUUCCACCUCCAUGUUUUGAAGCAGCGGGCGCUGCAGGAUUUCAGUCUUUCACGGCGUAGAGUGUUACCAAUUGUUUUUUUGGUGACUAUGGUCCCAGCUGACUAUGGUCAUUAACAAGAUCCUUCCGUGUAGUUCUGGCCUUACCGUUCUCAUGAUCAUUGAAACUCCACGAGGUGAGAUCUUGCAUGGAGCACCAGACCGAGGGAGACUGACCGUUAUUUUGUGUUUCUUCCGAAUAAUUGCACCAACUGUUGUCACCUUCUCACCAAGCUGCUUGGCGGUGGUCUUGUAGCCCAUUCCAGCCUUCUGUAUGUCUACAAUCUUGUCCCUGACAUCCUUCGACAGCUCUUUGGUCUUGGCCAUGGUGGAGAGUUUGUAAUCUGAUUGAUGGGUUUGUAAUCUGUGGGUAUUUUCUACAGGUAACAAGCUGAGAUUAGGAGCACUCCCUUUAAAAGAGUGCUCCUCAUCUCAGCUCGUUACCUGUGUAAAAAACACCUGGGAGCCAGAAAUCGUGCUGAUUGAUAAGGGAUCAAAUACUUAUUUCACUUAUUAACAUGCAAAUCAAUUUAUAACAUUUAAAUUAAAGACUGAUCAUUUCUUUGUCAGUGGACAAACAUUCAAAAUUAGCAGGGGAUCAAAUACUUUUUUUUCCUAACUGUAUCUGCCCCCCUUCAGUCAGUUUUCUUGAGUUGUGCUAUAAACCUUUGUAAACCGAUGUUGCCCUGCCUAUGAUUUAGCCCAUGUUACUGUAUACAAGUUGCAGCUUGCAAGGUGGAUGUUGCCGACUUGAUGUAUACUGAGGAUUCAGAAUAUGGUGAGCCAUCUGUCAGUGGAUUGCUUUCCGCUAAGCUCAGAUCCAUUUCUGUCUAGAUUGCUGUUAGAAGAAAUUAGAACAUUCUUCUUGUUGCCUGGGGGCAGGUGUUGCGAAGCAGUCACUGUGCUGCAUGUCAGAUAAGGACUAUGGGUUCAUCCUCUAAAUGUUUGGAGCAGACGAUGUGACACUUGGCUGUCAGAGCACUCAAAGUUCUCUUACUGAUAUAUGUUUGGGAAAUGCUGCAACAAUAAUGUAGUAGCGGACAUAUUGUGGAAGAGCCUUAAUAAGGGCUUUCCUUGCUAUCCGAAUCCUGUUGGCGGCGAGCCCUCGGGGGGUGAAGAUAAAUUACUUUGCGUCAUGAGAUCUCAGAUCUGUAUUUGGCCUUUUUUAGGGCUGAAGAUAAGUAUAAUUUUUACUUUAUAGGUAUUGGUUUUAUUGGGGGUUAGGGGGUAGAUGGAUAUGACACUAUUUUGGGGGGUGGACAAUAGCAUGUCUACCCCCUCUUAUUUAAAGGGACAGUCCAGGCACCCAGACCACUUCUGCCCAUUGGAGAGGUCUGGGUGCCAACUCCCACUACCCUUAACCCUGCAAGUGUAAUUAUUGCAGUUUUCAUAAACCUUGCAGGGUUAACUCCUCCUCUAGUGGCUGUCUACUAGACAGCCAUUAGAGGGAGCCACUUGAGGGCACUUCCGUGAUUAUAGCAUUAUGUGAUACAGCGUCGCUGGACGUCCUGACGCUAUGUGAGGACCUCCAGCGUUGCUGAAAUCCCUAUAGGAAAGCAUUGAAAGCAUUUUUCAAUGCUUUCCUUUGGGGAGGUCUAAGGCUGCGCACGCUCAUUAGGUCUCCCCCGCCGGCAGCCGUGCAUACGCAAUAGGUCUCCCCCGACGGAUGACGUCGGUGGGGGAGGAGCAUGGGCGGACCCUGACCCAGCGCCGAGGGACAUCGGCGCUGGAAACAGGUAAGUCACUGAAGGGGUUUUAACCCUUUCAGCAACUUGGGAUGGGGGGUAGGAGGGGACAUGCAGUGCCAGGAAAACAGGUUUGUUUUGUUUUCCUGGCACUGGAGAGUCCCUUUAAUUAAUUAGAGCCCCCACCUGCUGCCCGUGGAUGGCACUAGGUUGUUCUUCCUCCCAGUUAUCAUAAGUAGAGUCCCCACCCACUGGUGGGGGCUAAGGGAAGGUCACUAUGUCCUCCCUUGAUUAUUAUAACUGGGGAUCCCACCCGCUGCUGGAUGGUGAGGGCCAGCUAGAGGACAUUGGAUCCUCCCCCAAUUAUUAGUAUAGCUUCAACCUUCUGCCACUGGUUAGGGCAGGGUGGUUUGUCAUCUGUCCACCCCCAAUUACUUAUUUAAAAGUUCCUCACGCAAUGCCCACUGGUGGGGGCAUGGGAGAUACAUAGCACCCUCUGUUAUUUCAUAGGUCCCAUCCUCCGUUGCUAGUUUUAACCAGUUAGUAGACAUGCCCCCACCUGACGCAAGGCAAGUGAGGUUAAAGGGAGGUGUUCAUAAAACUGUUUGUAAAUUGUAGCUUUGACAGCUGUUGCCAUUUAAUGUUUGCAGAUGACGUAAAUACCUAUUGCAAUCUCUGUCACUUGAGCAGGGGCCUCGCUACCUUUAUGCCAAACUGGCCAUGUAUAAUUUAAUUAUAUGUCUUGUCCAACAAUGUACAGCACGGCAGUAUGUUAAUGUGUUAAAAAUAAGCAUUUUCUUCAGAUAUAUUUUCUAUAUCUCUUUAUUGCUGUUAGUGUUUAUGUAGUUCUUUUACAAGCAGUGACUCUUAUCACCUGUGAGAAGUUGAUCUUCCAAUAAUUAAACGAAGCGAGUUACUGUGAGAGAUGCCGUGAUGUGGGUGUUUCAAGUUUUUAGAGAAAACAAGAUGUUUAAGACCAAAAACUGUCACACAAGAAACCUCACAUAAGUCUGUCUUCUCUGUUGUAGCACGGUGUUGGGCAGCCAUCUACCCGAUCUGGAGGCGAUGUGCAGAAAUAUUAUUAAACAGAAACUUCCCUUCCAAAGAAUUGAAGUGACCCGGGAAGACCUUCUGGACCUCUUCAAGGUAAACCGCUGACACAGGGCGACUUUAAUCCAAGCCAGGAUGCCCUCUAUCUGUAAUCUGUGGAAACCUCUCUGCCAUGUCUCUGAAAUCUCCACAGCGGAUAUAAACAACCAAAAUGGCUUAACCCUUAAAAGGCACUUUUGAGCUGUUUUUGUUCUGGACAUAGUAGUCCUACGUUGGAACUGUGCAGUUUGACUAGAAUCAGUGCUGAUUUCCUGUAUAUAGGAGUAAUAUAGAUUGUGUUACAGACUGCGAAGAUACCUGUCCUAUCUGUUAAUACAUUACUCUUCCUAUAAUGGUAGAAUCUCUGGGGAAAAAUAUUUAUAAACCAUGAAGAUCAGAUCGGUCUGAGAACUCCUGUCGGGUUAUGAAAGGUUGUUGUGUUUAUAUUAUGUUGUAGUUAGCAGCCUUUGGUUGGUAUAGGGGCUACACGUUUAUUAGUCUUGCUAGGACUCUAAUCACCGCAGGUCCAGAGCUGGCUCCUAAUAACAUUAAGCAGCCAUGUGUAUGCAGUUAAUUAUAUCAUGCAAGUUGCGUUUUAUGUUUUGACAGUGGCUCUCUAACCCUGGAUUUACUUCUUGAAAAAUCUGAUAUUUUAACUACAAUAUUUCAAUGAAGUGUGUUUGUUUCUUUUUCCAUGAUUUUUUUAUUUCUUUAUACAGUACAACAAAUUUAAAAUGCGGGUCAUUGAGGAAAAGGUGGAAACCUCCACAACCAUUUACAGGUAUUGUGCAACCUAUGAGAUCUAUAAAAACAAGCUGUAUAAUACUGGAUGUUUUCUAGAGGGGCAUUCGAAAUACUAAAGUGUUUUCAAAAUUCUGAAAUAAAUACUUAGUUACUGACCCAUGCACACUCAUACAAAUGUCAAAGUGGGGCCCACGUGCAUUUCUGAAAGGUGGUGUUGCAGCAAAAGCCACACAGUUCUAAUAAUAAAAGCAAGAAAUAUGAGCUUAUACUGUAUAAACACCUAACAUUUAAAUGAAAAAUAUUUGGAUUUCAUUGUACCUGCUGUGCCUUGAAAAAAACUUUUGGUGCAAAUGUUACGUUCAAAUACAGGUUCAUUAAAAAUGUAAAACAUCACUUAAUAGCAAUCAUAAUGUGCCAUUAUCCACUAUUUUACAAGUUUAGAUUUCAAAAGGAUAUUAUGUCUCUUAUUUGAAGUAAAUCCACUUGGAAUGGUAAAUAUUUAGUCUGUUUUUUUUUUUUUUUUUGACCACUUGUACUGCCUCUGUCCCUGAAAUAAGUUCUAAACGUGGAGUAAUGAGCAGGACAUGUUAUUGGUUUCCAUGGUGAUUGAGCAACGAUCAGAACUCUAUCCCAGAACAUCUCUUUAUAUAGAACCCUGGCUGUUUUAGGAUGGUUGGCCGAGGAGCCAGGUCACAAUAGAAAAUUUUGCAGGUUCCAUAUCAGCAGAACAUAUCUCCUAAUAUCCUUUGAAACUGCUCUCUGUGUGUUUAGUGAUGUGUACCUUCCCAAACAGAAUCCAGCAAAUACCAUAGACAGCCAGGCAUUGCUUCACACCACGGGAAACAAAUAGAUCCGAUCCCAGAUAUAAUCCAAAAUCCAACAAAUCAGACCAGCCUUGUAUACUGCAAACAGGGGCGAGCCUGUGUAUCUGAUUAAACAUUUGAUAAUACAUUGUGUCUAGUGAAUAGAUCCUGUGAGCAACUGAUGGGUUUAUAGACAAAUGGAUUAGCUAUUUAUCAUGGUAUCAGAAUAUCCUUAUGAGGGGGCUGGAGAAUGGUUGUGUUUUUAUGUUUCAUUUUCUAUUAACCUGCACAGUUUCUCCAUGUCGGUUACAGAAAAUGGGUAUGGCCCCUUUAACUAACUAUGUAAAACAUGUCACCACAUUCUCGCAGUCAGAGUUUAGCUGUUUUUAACCAUUUCAUUGCUAGGCUGGUGUUCUGCAUUACUUCCACAGGUGCCAAGGUUGACCAUGGGUUAUAUUUGCAUUAUGGCCAGAAAAAACCCCCAAAUAACUCCUGCUUAAUUGAGCAUUGCCCGGUAACGCCAAUACACGCUGCUCUGCCUUGAUUUAGAAUCCCAAAUGGCUCAGUCCCCGCGUUGUACUCCUUAGUGUAAUGAAAAUGAUGGCGGUUAAGUAAAUGAGCAGGCUGCUGGUAAUGUGGAAAUAAAAAUAAAGCCGUUUGCGCCAUUAAAGGGUGUAAAAUGCUCUGCUCCUUACUGCCAGGUUCCAGUUUUCUCUUCCUUUUCAGAAUGAUGGAAUUUUAUUCAUAUAAAAUUCAGGAGCAGUAAGAGCAAGGGUAGUCUGCCUGUGACUUCCCACCUGGAUAACGACAGCAGCUAGGAUUAUGGGUAAUGAGAUCUACCUGCCUGUUGGCUGCCAUGUGCUGUGAUUUUCCUUUAACAGAUUAGCGCAUGCUCUGAAGAAUGGCUACAAUGUAUCAGCCUUUUGCACAGGGCUCAUUUUUCGUUACAUUGCUUUUCCAGAUGCGGCUCCUUGAUUGACCUGUGUCGGGGGCCACACGUCCGGCACACUGGACAAGUCAAAGCAUUAAAACUCAUCAAGGUCGGUCACAUUCCUGUAUGUCUCAAUGUGCUAAGGAUUGUGUAAAGGAUUCAUUUUACUGAUUUGUACAAGGAUCAUUUUUUUCGGAGACUCAUCACUUUACACUUGGCUGUUUGUUUGUUAGCGUGUGAAGAGUUAAUGUAGCGUGUCACGUUGUAUGAUAGCUUAUGUAAAUGAUAGGACAUUGUUUUCCUUUUACAUGUCCGUGGUUUCCUUCCAGCAUGUGGCAGGUUAUAUCUGGAGGAAGAGGGUCCUUGACCUGUUAUUACCCCCCUUUAAUGUCACUGUCUCACUUCGAUGUUCAUUGGCCCUGUUUCUCCCAUUCUUCUUUUUUUUAAUGUGUUUUAAGGGCCCUUCCGAUUCUGCUAUCUUUCCCAGCAAGGGAGGUCUCAUUGCUGGUGUCUGUGUGCCUGCAGGUAGCUGGGCUUAUAAUACAGAGAAGCAGAGUUCUAGUGAGGCUCAUACUGUAGCAGCGCAAACUGGGUGUGACAUUGUGCGGAUGGCACAGAGUGGAAGCUAUGUUUAAAUAGGAGUGCAGCUCUAUGUAGCAGGAACUAUGGUUCUAAUGCAUGUAGAGCCCAUUCCGACUUCUGUUCUGCUUGUAAAAAUUUUUGCCAGUGGGAAAGUGAAUAUUUUCAGCCCUGAUCAAUGCAAAUUGAUUGAGUUAUAAAAGACACACACCAUGUUACUGGUGUUCGCUUUGAGUUGCCGUUUACCCCCUGCCUUGGUUAUAUAAAAUCGUAUUCCUGUCUUCUAACAGAACUCGUCAGCAUUUUGGAAAGGAGACCCUUCACAGGAAACGCUGCAGAGGGUUUCUGGAACAUCCUUCCCAGACAGUAAACAGUUGAAAGAAUGGGAAAAAAUCCAGGAAGAGGCUAGAAACCGGGACCAUCGGAAAAUUGGAUUGGUAAAAAAAACAGAAUGUGUUAAAAUAUUUCAGUGACAUUCCUUGUGUUAAAGAGAAACAUAAAUCAAAUUUUUUUAUCAUUUUUGUUAUGUUGUCAUUUACAGCAUAUUAAUAAAGACUAUCUUAUGAAGUUCUACAAGUCGUAGCCUUUAAUAUAAAAUAUAUUAGGGUUUUAUUCCCUCCUGCAGCCUCUCUGUUGUUAGUGCCUUCCUCUAAACUGUGGUUUUUAGGUUGAUGCCAACGAUCCAAACAGAGACCAACAUGUCUCUGUAGAAUACUUGGGAACACAGCAGGGCACACUGGGGCAGGGGGUAAUUACCUAGAAUCCCAAUAUCUUUUACACUAAAGGGACAUGGAUAUCAAACUAAAAACAUUUAUUUCCCAUUAAAAGGAUAUGCAAAGCACCAGAGCAAUAUUCUAUGAAUGGAGCCGUUUUGGUGUAUAGAUCAUAUCCCUGCAGUAUAACGGCUAAGUGCUCUGCCAUUUAGGAAUUAAAACAAUAUUCUUUAGAAAGUGCCAGCAAUUCCUGUAGUGCUGUACAGUAGGUAGAUUCACAAACAAUUUGUUACAAGUUGGACUUACAACAGAAGGUGCAGAGAGCCCUGCUCAAAUGAGCUGCACAUCCCGUGACUGUGACUCGCACAGCUUCGAUGAAACAAAUUGUUUAAUUUUACUGUAGAAGUUCAUUUUUCUGUUAAUUUAAUUUUAAUAACACACGGGAGGCUACUGCAUGCUCUUACAGGUGGCUAACAGAGCAAGAGAUAAGAAGAUAGUAAAAAUUCUAAAUUAAACACAGUGCAAUAAGGGAAGCUAAAGGAAGUGAGUAGGGAGGCUGUGUGAGUCUCGGGGUGGGAGGUGAUUUAACUCCAAAAUGUUAGAGAAAUGAGCAGCGAGACUGCAGGUGCAUGAUCUAUACACCAAAACUGCUUCAUUGAUAUGUUAGUUGUGGGGACUAUAGUGUCCCUUUAAUUUUUCUCUCAUGUUAAGCUAAAGUUGUUUUGGUGCUUAGUGUCCCUUUAAUUACUCUUAGUACCGAAUUGCCUUCCUAUGGCAUGAAGCUUUUUAACCCCUUCAGGACCGAGGACGGUUCAGGACCAGGACCGUUAUCUGCAUUUUUCCAUUGCCGACCGAUGACGGUCUUGAACCAUCCUAACGGUCCUAGCUACUUACCUGAUCGCCGUCGUUCCCCCAGCGGCGAUCAGCAUUGCUCCCGGUGUGGGGAGACUGCAUGCAGCCCAGACAGUCUCCCCACACCGGAAUAGGACCCCUGUGGCCAUGUGAUCGUUUAACACAGCGACCAUGUGUCUGUCUGCAGGGGGACUACCUGUGCUGACAGGCAGUCUCCCUGCUAGUGUAAAAUAAAAUAAAAAAAAUAAAGUUAAUGUUAAUAAAAAAUAAAAAGAAUUAUACAUGUGUAUGUAUGUAUAUGUGUGUGUGUGUGUGUGUGUGUGUGUGUGUAUAUAUAUGUGUUAUAUUGAUAUAAUAUAUGUCUAUAUAGCAUAUAUAUAUAUGUCAUACUAAGUGUAUUUUUAUAUUAAUAUGUACAUAUAUUAAUAUAAAAAUACACUUAUAAUUAAAUUACACACGUGUAUAUAUAUAAUAUAUAUAAUAACUAUAUAUAUUGUGUAUAUAUAUAUAUUAUUAUAAAAUAUAAAUAAGUAAUUUAAAUUAAAUUACAUUUUUUUAAAUAAUAAAAAUUUAAAAAAAUAUAUAUAUCUAUACUAAAUUUUAUUCUAACUGUAUUUUAAAAUUAAUUUAUAUAUAUUUAUAUCAAAAUACACUUAGAAUGAAUUUGUAUAUAUAUCUAUGUAUAUAUAAAUAAAAAUAAUACGAAAUAUACAUAUGUCAAUAUACAAGAUUACAUAAAUAAUUAUAUAAAUAUACACGUAGAUUUCAAAUAUAUAAAUAUGCAUAUAUAUUUAAGUUCUACGUGCGUAUUUAUGUAAUAUUUUUACAUAAUUAAGUAAUUUUAUUGAUUGCAAUUUGAGGGACCUGCCUGCCUACCCAGGCCGAAAGUCCAGAGAAUUUAAUUUGCUAGCACUGUAUUUUACCCUGUAACGUUCUACGACACCCUAAAACCUGUACAUGGGGGGUACUGUUUUACUCGGGAGACUUCGCUGAACACAAAUAUUAGUGAUUCAAAACAGUAAAAUAUAUCACAGCGAUGAUAUUGUCAGUGAAAGUUACUUUUUUUGCAUUUUUCACACACAAACAGCAUUUUUACUGAUGAUAUAAUUGUUGUGAUACGUUUUCCAGUUUUUAAACACUAAUAUUUGUGUUCAGCGAUGUCUCCCGAGUAAAACAGUACCCCCCAUGUACAGGUUUUAUAACAUUUUUGAAAGUUACAGGGUCAAAUAUUUUUACAAUGAAAAUGGCCAGGUUGGUUACGUUGCCUUUGAGAGCGUAUGGUAGCCCAGGAAUGAGAAUUACCCCCAUGAUGGCAUACCAUUUGCAAAAGAAGACAACCCAAGGUAUUGCAAAUGGGGUAUGUCCAGUCUUUUUUAGUAACCACUUAGUCACAAACACUGUCCAAAAUUAGCGUUCAAUUUAGUUUUUUUUACUUUUUUCACACACAAACAAAUAUGAAUGCUUACUUUGGCCAGUGUUUUCGACUAAGUGGCUACUAAAAAAGACUGGACAUACCCCAUAUUGAAUACCCUGGGUUGUCUACUUUAAAAAAAAUAUGUACAUGUGGGGUGUUAUUCAGAGAUUUAUGACAGAUAAUAGUGUUACAAUGUCACUAUUGAUAAAUUUUAAAAAUGUAUGUUUUGAAACCGCAAUAUCCUACUUGUACCUAUAGCCCCAUAACAUGCAAAAAAAAGCAAAAAAGCACGUAAACACUAGGUAUUUUUAAACUCAGGACAAAAUUUUGAAUCUAUUUAGCAGUUUUUUUCAUUCGCUUUUGUAGAUGAGUAAAAGAUUUUUCAAGUAAAAGUCAAAAAACAUGUAUUUUUUCAAUUUUUCAUCAUAUUUUUUUAUUUUUUUUAAAUUAAAAUACAUGAGAUUAUAUAAAUAAUGGUAUGUAAAGAAAGCCCCUUUUGUCCUGAAAAAAACAAUAUAUAAUUUGUAUGGGAACAGUAAAUGAGAGAGCGGAAAAUUACAGCCAAACACAAACACCACAAAAGUGUAAAAAUAUGCCUGGUCACAAAUGUACAACAUCGCAAAAACAGUCCAAUCCUUAAGAGGUUAAACUACUAUAAUAGGCGUGAAAAUCUUGGAUUUAUCCCAGUAGUUUCAAUUAAAUAUUCUUUUUAUUUAUUUAUUUAUUUAUUUUUUUGUGUAGUGUUUCUCUUUAUUGAAACCCUAACUUCACAAUCUCAGGAUUGACUUCACUGACAAAUAUCUGGUCUGGUUCUGCAGCCCGAGGUUUGAACAGACGGCACAGUUGGUUCUUUGAUCCAAGUCAGCAAUUCUGUACUGCAGGGACUGCGCUGGGAGAGGGCUUGUAUAUCUGUCAGUGAGAUUUACAUGGCGGACUCAGCGGUGGCUUGUGUUUCUCUUUUCUUUAGGACCAAAGUUUAUUUUUCUUCCAUGACCUCAGCCCUGGAAGCUGUUUCUUUCUGCCCAGAGGAGCUCAUAUCUACAACGUGCUAAUCGACUUCAUAAAGGUAUGGUCCGUGUAUUGCAUGUCAAUCAACCUUAAUAACAUUCUAUGUAGUAUCCUGAAUAUAUGUCAUGGCAGGCGUAGUAUCCUGAAUAUACGUCUUGGCAGGCGUAGUAUCCUGAAUAUACGUCGUGGCAGGCGUAGUAUCCUGAAUAUACGUCGUGGCAGGCGUAGUAUCCUGAAUAUACGUCGUGGCAGGCGUAGUAUCCUGAAUAUACGUCGUGGCAGGCGUAGUAUCCUGAAUAUACGUCGUGGCUGGCGUAGUAUCCUGAAUAUACGUCGUGGCUGGCGUAGUAUCCUGAAUAUACGUCGUGGCUGGCGUAGUAUCCUGAAUAUACGUCGUGGCUGGCGUAGUAUCCUGAAUAUACGUCGUGGCUGGGGUAGUAUCCUGAAUAUACGUCGUGGCUGGGGUAGUAUCCUGAAUAUACGUCGUGGCUGGGGUAGGAUACUGGAUGUGCACUGACUGCACUGACGGCAGGCGUAGGAUAUUGGAACCUAAUCCCAUACUAUGUUACCCGAUCAAUCUCUAAUCGCAUACUAUGUUAUCCGAUCAAACUAAUCCCAUACUAUGUUACCUGAUCAAUCUAAUCCCAUACUAUGUUACCUGAUCAACCUAAUCCUAUACAGGUGUUCCUCACUUUGACAUACCUGUUUUAUGAUGGCUCGCACUUACGACCAGCUCUCUAGUUUGGGGAUUCAAGGGAUUCCCUACGUUAGAGAGCUGGUCUAUGUUCGGGGAAUUUUCCCCGAACAUAGAUUCACGGGAUUCCCUGUGCCAGUGAACUGUGGCCACUUCAUUUUGCAAUCGGGUCGUCAGAUCCGGUCGGUAAGUGAGGAGUGCCUGCACUGUGUUACCCGAUCAAGCUAAUCCUAUACUAUGUCAUCCAAUCAAACUAAUCUUAUAUUAUGUUAUCUGAUCAAACUAGUCCUAUACUAUGUCAUCCAAUCAAACUAACCAUGCUAUGCUACACGAUGAAGCUCCCCUUGUUGUAAUCCUUUCUGAAUCUCAUGUAGGUGAAUGCAUUAGUUUUCUGUAUUUAAAUAAUAUUCUGUAUUAUUGACUGUACAUGACUGUAUUCACAGAGAUCAUUAUGUGCCUGCGAGACGCAGACUCCAUUUCCUGUGACACCAGUGACAACACACGCCAGUGAAUAUCUUGAGCGCUGUCCUACCCUGUAGCCAUACGUAAACACAUACAGGGACAUCAUGCAUACAUACUCAUCAUAGUUUGGCAGAAGAAUCAGCCCCAUAUGCUACUGUCCACCUCAAAAUAUCCCAGUGGGUCAGUCUAGGCCUGGAGAGCUUUGAGCCAAGUACAAAUCCAGACAAUGCUGGGUUAGCAAAGACCCUGUUUAAACCAGACUGCUACCUCAUCCCUGCAUUACUUUACUAAUAGACAUCCCAUUCCACUUCCUGCUCUCUCCGUCCACAGAAUAAUAGUGAGAAGCUGCAGCCGCUGUACAAGGGAGACUCAUGGCUUUGUCAUCCCAACUCUUAACUAUUUUGCGCCAAUAAAAACGGAAUUCUUUUUUAGAGAUCUGCCAUCCGUAUUGAUAUAUCAAAACAUGCACACUUUGUCUACACUAUGCUUAAUAGUAAAUCUAAGAUGAUAAAGUACUGGAUACAAUUCCUCUUGAUAUAAUACCAAAUCAGUGCUGUAAAUAUCAGUAUAAGUCAGAGAUUUUGGAUUCCCUACGCUGAGACUGAAAUCAUUCGGAAACAUUGAGUUUGUGUUGGUUAUUCGUAACAAAUGUGUUAAUGUUUUAUGAUGUAAGCAGGAAAUUAUGUAGACGUUGUUGAAGAUGGUGAAUCUACACGAUUAAUAUAUUGACUCAAACUUUCCCUACUGAGUGGACUGCUGGCGCGGUCUGCGCCCUAUCUGUCUGUAAGAUUGUCUGCUGCAAGCUCAUGUUAAAUAUAUGUUGAAAAUAAUUAACUUGGUUUUCUAAAUUAGGAUACCGAUACUGUUAGAUUAAAUGGUUGUCAGAGCCAUUUCCUGGGUGGUGGUGGAGACGAGAUCUUCAGCUGGUUGGGGCAACCUGUUCUAUCACCCCAUGGCUGUGCUUGAAGCCAUAGUGGAUACAGUUUUGAUGUUAGAAUAUAUAAUUUUAUUAGAGUUAUGGGUUAGACACCAGUCUCUACAUCCUCCAACCCUGCAGGGCGAGUACAGGAAGCGGGGCUUCACAGAAGUAAUCACCCCAAACAUGUACAACAACAAGCUGUGGGAGAAGUCUGGCCACUGGGAGCACUACGGCAAGAAUAUGUUCUCCUUCACCAUUGAGGACGAAAUGUUUUCCUUAAAACCAAUGAAUUGUCCUGGUCACUGGUGAGUUUGGGCCUCAGAAUCUGUAUAAUAAACAGAGGGAUGCACCCUGUAGUGUCUGCUUGCACAUUGGUACUUGUGAAGAAAAUUUGUGCACUCAGAAUCCAAAGGAGUCAUAUAUUUGAUAUGUGUGUUAGAUCCCCCAUAUUAUUCGACACAAACACAAGAUUCCUUCUUAUUGUGACGCUUGUAUUAUUCUGAUCAAUCUGUUUCUGAAUUUCUUAGUCUUAUGUUUGACCAUCGGCCCCGUUCAUGGAGGGAGCUUCCUUUGAGGCUGGCAGAUUUUGGGGUGCUGCACAGGAAUGAGUUAUCUGGCGCACUGUCAGGAUUGACGCGAGUCCGGCGUUUCCAGCAAGAUGAUGCGCACAUUUUCUGCUCGAUGGACCAGGUGUGUGGGAAUGGACUGUUGAGAGAUGACAAGUCAUCAGGAGUUUCAGGACAGUUUCAUCAAACAUUCAUCUCUUUUAUUUUUCCCCUGUAAUUAACAGCUGGAAAGUGAAAUCAGUGGCUGUCUGGACUUUGUGCGUGCUGUGUACUCUGUUUUUGGCUUUACUUUUAAAUUCUACCUCUCAACCCGCCCAGAGCAGUUUUUAGGAGAUCUGGAGGUCUGGAAUAAAGCCGAAGAGGUAAGAUCUUACCAUUGGCAAUCAGUCUUGAGAUAUAUAUAUAUAUAUAUAUAUAUAUAUAUAUUUGCCAAAAAAAGUAUGUGAACCCUUUGGAAUGAUAUGGAUUUCUGCACAAAUUGGUGAUAAAAUGUGAUCUGAUCGUCAUCUAAGUCACAACAAUAGACAAUCACAGUCUGCUUAAACUAAUAACACACAAAUAAUGAAAUAUUGCCAUGUUUUUAUUGAACACACCAUGUAAACAUUCACCCUUGGAUUUAAUAACUGGUUGAACCUCCUUUGGCAGCAAUAACUUCAACCAAACGUUUCCUGUAGUUGCAGAUCAGACGUGCACAACGGUCAGGAGUAAUUCUUGACCAUUCCUCUUUGCAGAACUGUUUCAGUUCAGUAAUAUUCUUGGGAUGUCUGGUGUGAAUCGCUUUCUUGAGGUCAUGCCACAGCAUCUCAAUCGGGUUGAGGUCAGGACUCUGACUGGGCCACUUCAGAAGGCGUAUUUUCUUCUGUUUAAGCCAUUCUGUUGUUGAUUUACUUCUAUGCUUUGGGUCAUUGUCCUGUUGCAACACCCAUCUUCUGUUGAGCUUCAGCUGGUAGACAGAUGGCCUUAAGUUCUCCUGCAAAAUGUCUUGAUAAACUUGGGAAUUCAUUUUUCCUUUGAUGAUAGCAAUCCGUCCAGGCCCUGACGCAGCAAAGCAGCCCCAAACCAUGAUGACCCCACCACCAUACUUCACAGUUGGGAUGAGGUUUUGAUGUUGGUGUGCUGUGCCUUUUUUUCGCCACACAUAGUGUUGUGUGUUUCUUCCAGACAACUCAACUUUGGUUUCAUCUGUCCACAGAAUAUUUUGCCAGUACUGCUGUGGAACAUCCAGGUGCUCUUGUGCAAAUUGUAAACGUGCAGCAAUGUUUUGUUUGGACAGCAGUGGCUUCCUCUGUGGUAUCCUCCCAUGAAAUCCAUUCUUGUUUAGUGUUUUACGUAUUGUAGAUUCGCUAACAGGGAUGUUAGCAUUUGCCAGUGACUUUUGUAAGUCUUUAGCUGACACUCUAGGAUUCUUCUUCACCUCAUUGAGCAGUCUGCGCUGUGCUCUUGCAGUCAUCUUUACAGGACGGCCACUCCUAGGGAGAGUAGCAGCAGUGCUGAACUUUCUCCAUUUAUAGACAAUUUGUCUUACUGUGCACUGAUGAACAGCAAGUCAACAAUUCUUAAUCGUAGGUCUUCUGAGAGCUCUUUUGUCCGAGGCAUCAUUCACAUCAGGCAAUGCUUCUUGUGAAAAGCAAACCCAGAACUGGUGUGUGUUUUUUAUAGGGCAGGGCAGCUGUAACAAACACCUCCAAUCUCAUCUCAUUGAUUGGACUCCAGUUGGCUGAGAUCUCACUCCAAUUAGCUCUUGGAGAUGUCAUUAGCCUAGGGGUUCACAUACUUUUUCCACCUGCACUGUGAAUGUUUACAUGGUGUGUUCAAUAAAAACAUGGCAACAUUUCAUUCUUUGUGUGUUAUUAGUUUAAGCAGACUGUGAUUGUCUAUUGUUGUGACUUAGAUGAUGAUCAGAUCACAUUUUAUGACCAAUUUGUGCAGAAAUCCAUAUCAUUCCAAAGGGUUCACAUACUUUUUCUUGCAAGUGUGUGUGUGUGUGUAUGUAUAUGUAUGUAUAUAUAUAUAUAUAUAUAUAUAUAUAUAUAUAUAUAUAUAUAUAUAUAUAUAUAUAUAUAUAUAUAUAUAUAUAUAUAUAUAUAUAUAUAUAUAUAUAUACACACCGUACAGAGAACGCCAGAUAAAUCUUGCAAGUGUAUGUGUGUAUAUGUAUGUAUGUAUAUAUAUAUAUAUAUAUAUACAUACAUACAUACAUACACAUACACAUACACAUACACACACACACACUUGCAAGAUUUAUCUGGCGUUCUCUGUACGGUCUAAAAACUUGCAAUGUGAGAAUAUUCUCACAUUGCAAGUUUUUAGACUGUACAGAGAACGCCAGAUAAAUCAAAAAGAUAGUGACAGGGGGGGUUUUCACAGUGACUCUAUCUCUGCUACCAAGCAGUGAAAGCAAGUACUUACAUUCACUCCAGCAGGUAGGUUUACCAAGAACGCAAGCAAAUUAGUCAAAUGUCUUCAUAGUAUGACAACACCGAAACACAUUAUACAGCAUAUAACUCUGUUUCCAUACCAAGUUCUAAUGUCACUUAAACAUGUAUGCACGCUAUAAACAGUGAUGUGUAGAAAGCCCAUAGAGGAAGCACAGGAAGGAUUCAGUCAAGUCACGUUUGCCUAAAGUCCUGACUACAGUUUAUCCAGAGGGUGCCCUCUGUGGACACAUGUGGAAUUGCAUAAAGUGCAAUUCCUGUUUAACAGAGGCUACACAGAAGUAUGCAGUGUUAGCAGCCAUUGCCAGAUAGAUAUAUAUUUAUUUAUUUAAGGCUGGGCUUGUAGUUGUGGAAAGGGGCUUGGGUCCCCUUUAUAAGGGCCUCCAAUCCUCUCUCACUCACCGUUAUUGGUCUGGGGAGUUGAGUGUGAGUACUUCCGGUCACUUACAAGUCGCCAUUUUGCUGUUCUUACUUGUGUCCCUGUGGUCCUGGUUCCUGGCUUCCUGUCCGUCUGGUUCUACUUUCCUGACUGCUUACCGAACAUUUAAAGCCCACUUCCUCCUCCAGCUUGCUCCGAGACUGACCUGGAAGUGACAGUUGAACAGUAACCACCUCUUAUCAUUUGCUCUAGAUUACCCUCUCGCUCAACAACCUAAGCCUAACCCCCCUCAACUCAGGAGGAACCUUAAUUCUAUUGACCUCCAGCAGCUGUCAGCUGUUAUUGAUUCACAACUAUUAUUCAUCCCCUCCCUCUCUUGUCUCUCACUGGCCAUCUCCACAUAUAACACUACCUUCACUUCUGCCUUGAACGCUGCAGCACCGCUCCAAACAUGCACCUCGAGGAGGCCACGCACCCAACCGUGGCAUACUAAAUCAACAUUCUACCUGCAAAGAUGCUCCUGUUGUGCUGAACGCUCCUGGAGUAAGUCUCGCACCCAGUCAGACUUUCUCCAUUAUAGAUUCAUAUUGUGUUCAUACAGCGCAGCCCUUGCCUCGGCAAACAAUCAUACUUUUCCUCUUUCAUUAGUUCAUGCUACCACAAUCCCAGGCGUCUCUUUGACAGCUUUAACUCUCUUCUUCUCCCUGCUGUGGCCACCUCUCAAACUAACCUUACAGCCGAUAGCUUUGCAUGCUACUUUACCGACAAGAUUGAACAGCUAAGGAAAUAUUCUCCCCACCCUGCCUUUAUCUUUCUCAACCACACAUAGAUCAUGCCUUUCCUACCCUUCAGACUUUCUCUCCGGCUGCUGAACAAGAGGUGGCUGCUCUUCUCCUUUCCUCUCGCCCCCACCACUUGCCCGCUUGAUCCUGUCCCAUCUCACCUUGUCUUGUGCCUUCAUUAACACACAUCUUCAUCUCUCUUCUGGCAUUGUCCCUGCUGACCUUAAACAUGCUACUGUAGUACCUAUCCUGAAAAAAACAUCUCUUGACCCGUCCUCCCCAUCUAACUAUCAUCCCAUAUCCCUGUUCCCUUUUUCCUGAAAGCUUCUGGAAAGACUUGUCUUUACCCGUUUGUCUCACUUCCUCAAUUCCAACUCUCUCCUUAACCCUCUUCAAGCUGGCUUCCGCACUCUCCACUCUACUGAGACUGCUCUUAUCAAAGUUACUAACGACCUAAUCCCAGCUAAAUCCAAAGGCCACUGCUCCAUACUAAUUCUUCUUGACCUCUCUGCUGCCUUUGACACCGUUGAUCAUGCUCUCCUUCUUCAAACUCUUCAGUCACUCGGUCUGUUUGACUCUGUCAUCUCUGGGUUUUCAAUUUGUCUCUCCCAAUGCUCAUUCAGUGGCUCCUUUUCCAAGGAUACCUCCUCCCUUCGUGCUGUCUGAGUUGGAGUCCCCCAAGGCUCUGUCCUUGGUCUCCUUCUAUUUUCUCUUUCUACUGUCCCUCUUGGUAAACUUAUUGCCUCAUUUGGAUUCCACUAUCACCUGAAUCCUGAUGACACCCAGUUAUAUCUCUCCUCCGCGGACCUCUCCCCUGCCGUCCUGCAACAUGUCACUUUUUGACUCUGGCCUCACCUUUCAGUCUAACAUCCAGCAUGUUACCACAUCCUGCAGAUUCUAUUUUAAAAACAUAGCCCAUAUCCGCCCCUUUCUUAAGCAAGAUGCUACUAAGGAGCUUGUCCAUGCUCUAGUAAUUUCCUGCAUGGAUUAUUGUAACCCUCUCCUAAUUGGUCUUCCCAAAAAUCGUAUUGCCCCACUACAGUCUGUAAUGAAUGCUGCCGCCAGACUGAUUUUCCUCUCCUGUCAUUCCUCUCACACCUCACCCCUCUGUCAGUCCUUACAUUAGCUUCUUGUAUCCUAUAGGAGUCAAUUCAAAGUACUAACCCAUACCUAUAAAGCAUCGAACAAUUCUAUCCCCUCCUACAUCUCCUCACAGAUCCAUAGGUAUGCCCCUUCUUGGUCUCUCUGCUCUGCCCGUGACCUUCUGCUGUCCGCUGCUCGCACCCGUAUAGCCAACUCAGGCUUGCAGGACUUCUCGCGGGUGAAUCCCUUCCUAUGGAAUAGCCUGCCUACCGCCAUCAGACUCUCCCCUAGUCUUGCAUCUUUUAAGAAGUGCCUUAAAACCCAUCUCUUUAGGAAAGCUUAUGGCCUUCCAGAGUAACCGCUAUCCCUCAUACCUGUCUCUUGCUCUCUCCAAAAGGGCAGCACUCUACUCUCUCCUCCAGCUCUGCUUCACUCCAACCAUAGACUAGUGGACCAACAACCAUCCUCAUACUUGGAGGUAUAAGUCCAUCGGUCCAACGCAUAGAUAUUUGCCUAACACAUUUGCAUAGAGAUGGCCUCACUUGUCACUCUCAUACUAUCUUCUGCUUUAACCGGUCCCUUACAGUGCAACAAAACUGGACAAAGUUAUCAAGGAUAGGGACAUUGUCUUUCUAGGCAAGUCCUAGGUUUGCAAUCAUUUUACAAUGAUUAUAUGAUUUGUAAUACCUGGCGUUUUACUGAUACUUACGACCUAGAGGAUUCACCACCAUUAAUAUAACUUCCACAUAUUACCAGAACACUUUUAAUAUCCACAAAUCCAUAGAUCAUUACAUCCUUUCACUCCCCCACUCUAAAACAAAAAAAAAGCCAGAUGGUGUCCAGUUAAGGGUUAAAUAUUUCAACACCUUUCGCAAACAACCACACCAACCGGUACUAGAACUACACGGUUCCAUUCUCACUACUGCUGCGUUUAUGCUCCAUGUCCGUAUGUUAUUGACAAGACUUGGCCUCAAUGCUACUCAUUACUCAGGACACUCAUUUCGCAUAGGGGCGACAUCAUCUGCUUCCUCCAAUCACAUUCUAGCAAAUAUAAUAACGAUCACGGGAUGCUGGAAAUAAUCAGCUUACACACUAUACAUACCAGAACCAGUUAAAUAGAUUCAUGAGGCUUUUCGUGACUUAUCCCAGUAAUUUUGAUGUAUUGUAGAACAAAUAUAAUGUUGUAUGAUACACUUUAUUACAGGCCUACUGCAUUGUCGGUUCCUGUACACUACAACCAACUGGUGUUAUUAACUAUAAUAUUUAUUACAAUUUAUAUGUUAUCUAACUCUUACGGCAAUAUUGCCCCAACCAUAAAUAAAUAUAUAUAUAUAGAUAUAUAUAUAUACACACCUGUGAUAUUUGUGUGUAUUUAAUUUUUGGUUUCUCUACAGGAACUCGAGAAAAGUCUGAAUAGCUUUGGUCUCCCGUGGGAGUUAAAUCCAGGCGAUGGAGCAUUUUAUGGGCCAAAGGUAAGCGUUUGAUUAACAUUAAUAAAUCCUGAUUUCAGUGUGCAUUAGGAUAGAACUUCAUAGCCGUGAGCUCAGUGAUCACCCGUCAGUCAACCUAUAGUCACACACUGCUCGUGGCUUACUGCGUUAGUGUUUGACAAUUCCACUCAUGUGAAUGAUGUUGACAUGAUAUGUGAGCUGUCACUAAUUUGGUGUUUUUGUGUGUAAUACUGUACUGUGUGGCCAACCCUGGUUUCAACAAAACUAUCUCUUCAAAAUCCCACUUAAUGGUUAAAAGGACACCGGUACUGGGAUAGGUAUUAAUACCAUUUUAAUUAAUUAAUUAAUACCAUCUCAUUGAACUAAAACCAUGACAUCUAAUUGAAUUGGUUAAAGUGCCUGAGUCCCCUGACGCUCUCCCUCCAUUCAGUGUUAAACCCUUUUCUAGCAGUUUAACACUGAAUGAGGGUCCCUGGCUUUCCAUAGCUCCACCCCCACUGGAGGUGUUGCUAGGACAGAGAUUACACACUUCUUUCUAGCUAUACCGAUUCAUACCUGCAGUGGGUGCUGUGAUAGACUGAAAGCGGUCAGCUGACAUUCUCAGCCAAUCACAUCUACCCAUUGCUGUUCAAACUAAUGCUUCCUCAUUAGCCCAAGCAGCACAGGGGCAGGGGGUGCUGGGGACUUUGGUUAAACAUUAAAACAUCAACAAGGGUUUAACUCUGAAUGGAGGACGGCACCAGGGGACCCCAGAAACUAUAAGCACUUAAAUUAGAUGAAUUGGUUACAAUGCCUACAAUGGAAGGAACACUGCAAGCACUUUAACAGUCUAUGCUACAUACGUGUAGAAGGAUGACCCCUGCCCCUUUCUUAUUAUAACUAAAAUCACCUCACUCGUCAAAUCUGCUCAUGUCGUUUGUCUGUGAAUUUACUGAAUUAUUAUUAUUUAUUUUUUUUGCUUUGAUUGGCUGGGCUAAUGUAAAGUGCACCACUCCUCCUCUGCAAUUCUCUUGUCGGUUCUCCAUAGUUCUGUUUUGUUUUUUUAGAUUCCAAAAGGGAACAAAGCCGUGCCUAUCAUGGUGUUUAACAUGCUGCUAGCUAAAUGAGAAUAAUAUUGCUGUCUGCAUGAAUGCUUUAUUUGUGUCUUUACAAUCCAUGGUCGUGCACCGCGUUCCUGGAUUAUUUACUUUAUUUUACUUGUAACGCAAGACGGGUAUGAGUUAUGUGUAUUUCUUAUCACUUACUCAAUCAGUCUGAAACAUGUCUUUUUAAACCACUCUCUGACCAGAGGCUGAUGGCCUCUAACCUCAUUACUGGAUGUGAUAAUUCCUAAAUCUACGUACUUCACCUCCCACUUGAACAUUGCAGAUUUCUAAAGAAAAACCACAGCCCCGUCCCACACAAACCCAUGCUCAACCUCUAUAGGAAGCCACUGGGAUUGUAUUGACACAGCCGCACGUCAGCCCCCCUAUUGUCCUGUAGCAAUCCUCCAAUUUGGUGAAUAUAGUUUAAAGCACAAUUUUUUGUAGGUUGCAAGCAAUGCGAAUGUGUCUAGGUUCAGCCUGGCAACUCUCACUGGUUAUGGUUUCUAUAUUGCAUAUUGAUUAACAUUUAAUUGACUCUCUGCUUAGUAUAAGUCAAAUAUAGAUCUAAUGCGCUAUAAUAUAAAUGCUCAAUUUGAGCAGCUUUAACCCUUAAAGGACCACUCUAGGCACCCAGACCACUUCAGCUUAAUGAAGUGGUCUGGGUGCCAGGUCCUUCUAGGGUUAACCCAUUUUUUCAUAAUUAUGGCAGUUUCAGAGAAACUGCUAUAAUUAUGAAUGGGUUAAGCCUUCCCCCUAAUCCUCUAGUGGCUGUCUCAUUGACAGCCACUAGAGGCGCUUGCGUGCUUCUCACUGUGAAAAUCACAGUGAGAGCACGCCAGCGUCCAUAGGAAAGCAUUGUAAAUGCUUUCUUAUGAGACCGGCUGAAUGCGCGCGCAGCUCUUGCCGCGCGUGCGCAUUCAGCCGGCGGGGCGUAACGGAGGCGGAGAGGAGGAGGAGAGCUCUCCGCCCAGCGCUGGAAAAAGGUAAGUUUUUACCCCUUUCCCCCUUCCAGAGCCGGGCGGGAGGGGGUCCCUGAGGGCACUAUAGUGCCAGGAAAACAAGUAUGUUUUCCUGGCACUAUAGUGGUCCUUUAAGUGACUGCUUAAACCUGGGAACGCUCACAGUAUCUUGUGGAAGUGUUUAACACCGAGGCUGAAGGGUUUCUUUUGUGAAUACCUUAAUUAUAAUUUCCACAUUUUCGCCCAUGCAUUUCAUUCCUGGACAACACCGUAAAUGAACCCAAUGGCUGGCCAGAUAAUUAAUUUUAAGAGCUGACCCUUGUUUAGUAUUGUAUUGUUUAAUAGAGUAAUAUCUGCUUGUUACACACCAUUAUAUGCUCCAUUUCUGAUCAGACUAUUAUUUUCCUUUAGAUUGACAUUCAGAUACAGGAUGCGAUGGGUCGCUACCAUCAGUGUGCAACGAUCCAGCUCGACUUCCAGCUGCCAAUUCGAUUCAAUCUCCACUACAUGGGGUGUGUAGCCGCUUUCUGUGCACACCAAGUUUGAAGUCAUUUAUUCUGUUACCAGACAGACAUAAUCACUUUCUUCGUGUUUUCAUUCCAAUAUUUUUGGCUUACUUCCCAUGUUGCUGUUGCCAAGUCCCUGCGGCGUUUCCCACAUAUUGUUUCUGUGUGUUGGAUUCUGCAGACGGAGUGGUGAAGUCUUGUGUUUUUCUUGCAGUAAAUGGCGGUGUAUUCCGUGUUGGGUGGGGUUGCUGGGAAAGAGAUUAACAAAUAACAGCCAAACGAUUGGUUUUAUUCUAGAAAUUGUAUUUGAACAGAACGAGAAGGAUUGCUGCACCACUGCGGAUUCCGGAUCAUAAACUGAUAAUCCUCAUUCUGGCCCUCUCCAUAACCAAGGGUCUCUGGGAGAGAAUACAGGCCACAUCCAUUCAGAAUAUCUGUGCAUUUUCAUAGUCGGCUCAUAUCAUAGAUUUGAAAAUAAAAUAAGGUUUAUUAUGGGAAAUUUAAUUUGUGUGUCUACACCUAAAAAUGUCAGUAAAAAACAUAUUAAGGUAUUCUUGUUUUUGAGGGGAUAGCCUAUAAGUCACCUAAAUUGAGUUUACUUAUUUUACCGCAAACCGAUUCCUUUAAUGUUAGAAAUUAUUAUGAAUCUGAAACCAUUUCUCUUUUUUUUUCAUACGCAGAAAAGUUGAAGGCACAGUGGAAAGGCCAGUCAUGAUCCACCGAGCUGUUUUGGGGUCGGUGGAACGGAUGUUGGCGAUAUUGGUAGAAAACUAUGGGGGGAAGUGGUAAGCAUUUGUUCACCAAUGAUAAGGAUUCUAGCACCAGGAAGUAUCUGGUGGGGGAGAUACUGCGUAAGAUGAGUUGGGUGUUUCUAUUCUCAGCCAUAAAUACGUCACGCUGUUGUUUAAUACUAAAAACAUUUUUUCUUUUGCAGGCCUUUAUGGCUUUCACCAUUCCAGGUUAUGGUUAUACCUGUGGGAGCGAGUACGGAGAGUUACGCCCAUCAGGUGAGACAAUCUCUAAAUCGCUCUCAUUUCAAAUUUUGGUUUAUGAGGCACAUCCACUCACUUCUCUACCCAUCAUGGAGUUGCAAAAAAACAACGUUUCUUUUAAGAUAUCAAUCUUCUUGCCUGUACACUGGGUAGAUUGCACGUGUAUACCUACCCCAGAGCGAGUUCACUUUAAACAUGAUGCAUUCUCAUCUCAAGCAAAAGUUUGGAUGUCAAAAAAUGUUGUAAAAGAAUGUACUCUGAGUUCAAAAUGGUUUUGUUUUUUUCCACGGCUGCCAGAUUGAUAUUUCCAUUUUGAAAUCCUUACAGAAAGUAACUUAACUAAAAUAACACGUUGGCAAAUCCAGCAAGUGAGAGCCUUUAGGAAAUGAGUAAAAUGUCCUUAAUUAUACGAUUACUGUGCUUGGCAAACCAAUACAUUUGGGGAAUUGCUGACAUUUCGAGCAAUCCAUGUGUUUAUUAUUCAGCAUUUCUCAGCGAGCAGUGACUUCUAAUGGGUUUGUACAGUUUGUUUCCUCAUACACUGUAAAAUGACCAAUCCAGUACGGAUUUAUUAUUUAUUACUCAAUAUUUCUAAAUUCUACAUUACAACAUCUGCUUUCCUGAAUGCUAGGUGGUUUAUUAACUAAUCUGUGCAAAGUUUAGGCAAAAACAAACAGAUUUAGAACAUUCCCAGCUGAUCUAUAGGUACAUCUUUACUCUCUUAGGUUGAAUUUAGCUAAUGGGUUUUGGUGAUAUUUUCACUAUUUCUCAAGUGUCUGUGUAAUAUUUAGAUCUCAAUCCAUGUGUUUGUGUAUGCAUAUUUUAAAAUCUCAUUCCAAAGGAAUGUUGGUCAACAAGCUAACUCCAGCUCGAAUAAUGGUGUAUAUGUAAUUGUCUCGAAUAUGACACUUUUAGAUGUCAACUGCUCUAUAUUGCAUAUAGUUAUGUGAAUAUACUUUAUAGAAUUAUGCUGUUUAUAAAACAUUCCCAUAUGCAGAACCUUAAAUACAAGUCAUCAACGAAUAGCAAUGAACAAUUCAGUUGAGCGUGUAGAUCAGGCUAAGGGCCCUACUAAAGGAAGUGGGCUAUGAUGCUUCCCAAUGAGAGGUAGAUUUUGUGCCUGGGUGUAUGAUUCUACUUCGUUUAUGUACCUUUUUGUCUUCCUGUAAUACAAUGUUGGGUGCAGACAUGUCAAGGACAAAACAUAAACUACCUAAGCCGAUACUUUGCAAUAAAGCAAGGAUUGGCAAUACACAUAGCUUCUGUACAAUAGGGUUUACAUGUUGAAUGAGAUUCCACCGAGGACCUGGGGUAGAUUAACUACAGGAUGGAACUUAAGAAUAGGAUGCUAUUCACCAUGUCUCUUCUGCUGGUUCAAAUCUUUGUAUCUUUUGUCUUCUCUCAAUAUCUGACAGGUGCAGAGGACAAUUCAUGAACGUGGCUUCAUGGUGGAUGUGGAUGCCAACCAAGGGACCACUCUGAACAAAAAGAUCCGCAAGGCCCAGCUGGCUCAGUAUAACUUCAUUCUCGGUAUUUUGACUGGUUAUCUAGAGCUUCCCUGUCUGUAUGAUCCUCUCCUUUAUUCUUCUGUUUCUCCUCUGUAUAAAUUCUUACCUUUCUCCUAACUGUGUGGCCUGAAAUGGACUUUCUAUACCCAUUGGUUCUUGGAGAUAGUGUCAGAAAAAGGAAACCUCCGAUUACAAUCAUUCUUCGCUCAGAUGGCAGAAAGGAGAAAUAUACACACUCUCCUAAACGCAUUGUGACUCAUAAAGCAAUUAUAGCAGAUUUUUUAUUUUUUGUCUUUAAAUUGUAGUUUCUAUGGUACCACUAAUUUGUGUUUGUUUUGUCUCUGUUGUGGUUUCUAUUACGCCAAAUGGUUUCAUACUGCGAGGAAGGAAGGACAGAUCAGAUGAAAAGAUAGAGAGAUAUAUAUUUUAUUUUUAUCUAUACAUUUUUUUCAACCAGAAUAAGACAAGGCUUUGUGGGAGAAGCAUUCAGGGGUCCCCGAUCUCCAAGUUGGGUUAGACCAGUAUCAUUGGCCGGUCCUUCUAUGAUGUAUUGUGUUGUUACUGGGAGAAAGCAUUAACUCCAGAAGGAUCAAGAUUUAAGCAAAUUUCUUUCUCUCUUGAUAUGACUGGGGUGACCCUAAUCCCUAAUGGGUUAAAAAUGAAUGGCAAUUAACAGUCCAUCCACUCUGCAAGGGGGGGGGGUAGGGGAAAAGUUAGAUACCAAGAUGGCAGGACAUAAAACUUUGGAUCCAAAGUUGGGAACAUUACAGCAACACUGCUAUCUCAGGAGUACAAAUCUGUAUUCCUAACGCCAUAGUACAAUAAACCCUAUUUAGAUUUACCCUCCCUGUGCAAAGUGAAAGUUAGAAAUAAACCUACUUUUACCUAUUUUCCAGGGCCAAGCCUCCCUCUUUUCUGCUGCCUGCUCAGCUUCCUGCAAAGUAAUUGUGGAUACAUCACUUCCACGUUUAUUUCCCUUAGCACCAUUAUUUUUCCAGCAUGAUCUUUCUGGUGUAAAAUGUGCAAUAUUCUUUACAUUUUGCACAUUUCCCAGCCCGCAGAGCAACAACUGGCAGCUCACCAAGGCUACAAUUCAAAAUGUUUUUGUAUAUUGAAGAACCAGCCAUGUCUGCUGUAAACCCAGAAAAUGUUUAAUGUGCCCUGAUUUCCAGAGAAAUUAAGCAAAUUGUCAUGUGCAUAUUAAAUGAGGUCUGUGCGUUUCUCCUAAUUGUAGACUUGUAUAAACACCCCAGUGUGACGUGUUGCGGUUACUGGCAGACUGACUAUCCCUGUGACCUGCAUCAGAUAGCGAGAUGUUGCACCGAUUCUCAAAUAGCGUAUAAUUAUGGUUUAGGUUUAGAGUAUCAAAGUGUAAAAUCACACGGUUUUGCUUCCUGCAGUGUAAUUUAAGCAUGGAUACAUGCCACAUUUCUGCUGUUUGAAUUUCAAUCCUUGUCUUUUUUUUUUUUUUAUUAAUACAAAUGCUACUUUUCAUAAUGUAUAUUGGGGGACUCGAGGACCAAUGUUUGUUUUAUUUGUGCCCACCAUUUACUGCUCAUGGGCUGGGUACUUACAGACUCCAAACAUUCUGGGUUUAAUUAACUAAAUAAAAAAAUUCUAGUACAUAUAAAAUUAAAUUGCAAAAAUAGUAAAUUUUAAAAUGUUCUCAAACUAUUCUAAUUUAGGAUAAAUUUUGCAAUUCACUGUCCAGUUUACUACAUUCUUGAUGUUUUUGAGCGAACCUCGAUAGUUUACUUGACCAUAAGUAAUGAUGUCAGAGCCAUAGUUUAAAGGGGCUUUGCUGCUGUGCCUCCUGGUUAGUCUGGGUAGAGGAGCACAGUGUCUUGAGAUCCAGGCAGUGAGGAUUUUAAAUGGGGGAGAGAUCUGGUUGCUGCAGGUAAUGCGGUACGGAUCUUUGCCUGCAUGUGUUUUUACAUUAGUUUAUUCUCUCCUGCGUUAAAGGAACACUAUAUACAAACAUGUAUUCCGGACACUAUAUUGUUUAACUGUUUAGGUAACCGCCCCCUUAGAUCACACGGAAAAGGUGUUUCUAUUCCCCUUUUCUCACACGCCAAGUCGGGUUCACUGUGGCUGUCCCCGCCUUCAUGGCUGAGAUAACCAAUCUGAGAUCAGCAUUUCCUUAUAGAGAUGUGUUGAAUCAAUGCAUCUCUAUUGGGAACGUUAAGCCGCUCCACGUGGAUCUGCGUUAGGAAGCACCUCUAGCAGCCGUCUGAGUGACUGCCAUUGAGGUGUUCCUAGGCACUAAUGUAAAAACUGCCUUUUCUCUGAAAAUACUGCAUUUACAGUGCCCAGCCUGCGGAGACAGGCUAUAGAACCACUACAUUAAAGGAUUACUAUAGGGUGUAUUCCUGACCCUAUAGUGAAAAUCCACCAUUUAGGUGGCUUUCCCCCUUCCUCCUUAUCGCCAUUAUAAAAGUUUAAAACUCCCCUUAUUUCCAGCUCUCCACAGGUCUGCCGGCCCUGGCCCCGCCCCCUUGGUGACAUCCUCAAAAUUGCCGAUUUUUGGGGAAAGCAUUGGAUUGGCUAAAACCGCUAAGGGGGUGGGGCCAAACACCGUUUUGGCCAAUCAGCACCUCCUCAUAGAGAUGCAUUGAAUCAAUACAUCUUUAUGAGGAAAAUUCUGCGUCUCCAUACAGAGCGUGGAGACGCUGAACGGCAGGGCUGCUUACUGUGCAGUACUGAGCCAGGAAGCACUUCAAUUGGCCAAAAGGCAGUGUUUGCAUGAAAAUGCCUGAAGGGAGCUAUUAUAUUCACCAGAACAACUACAUUAAGCUAGUUGUUCUGGUGACUAUAGUGUCACUUUAAGCUGCAGUGGUUCUGGUGACUAUAGUGUCCCUUUAAGGUAGUAGUGCUGUAUAAAGGUCAGAGAUUAAAGAGAUUGUUUUAGCUCUGUUUAGAUCCUGUAACCUGCAGCACAAAAUAAGUAUUCUUUAAUUAAGUAAUUAAUAAACGUAACCCAGUAUAUAGAUAUGGGCAACCGUUCCACUGAAUCUGAUCUUAUCUGACUGAUUUUGGUGUAAAGGCAAAUCUUUACUAGUUUGGGUUUCCUUAUUCAGGAACAACGUAAAUUUGUGUCUCCACCAGACCGCCUUAUUGGAUUGCUCCCAAACCCAGUCUUAUUAUCACUCUAUUUGAAAUGUUGUGAUCUCGCAUAAACACAUGGACGAGUCUGCGAUUUAAACUAGUUUGAUUAGUGCUCUGGUUGAAUAAUUGCCUGUGUCUAUCGGCAGCAGUUGUAUGAUUCAUUUGCACGUAUUUAGAGGAAAACAAAAAGCCUUUGCACUGAGCUGCCAUUUUGAAUUUCUAUCAGUCUGUGGUCAGGAUAGUGGAAUGCCGAGUGACAAACCAUUCAGGGGUCUUAUCAGAGGCUGAUUGCUCUCUUAUCUUUUAGGAUUGCCAGUUAUUUACCAGAGAAGUGUUUGCUGCUGACGUUGUCUUUUUUUUUUAUUCCAGUGGUUGGGGAAAAGGAGAAGGAAAACAUGAGUGUAAACGUGCGCACAAGAGACAGCAAGCAGCAUGGAGAGCACACCGUAGCAGCACUUACUGAGAGAUUAGCUGAGCUGCGAGAUACCCGCGUCAGGAACGCAGAGGAGAUGUUUUGA